CCCCUCCCUGACCUUCCCUGCAGCCAGAUUUACUGCCAUGGGGAGCUCCUGCACCAAGUUCAGAUGGCCAAGCUCUACCCGGAUGACAAGCAGUUUGUGGACAUGCCAUUGUCCACAACUCCAGACCAAGUCCUGCAGAACUUCAAGGAGCUAGCUGAGGCCCACAACCACAGCAUCCCCUGGCAGCAGCUGCAGGUGUUUGUCCAAGAACACUUCCAGGCUGUGGGACAGGAGCUGGAGCCCUGGAUCCCUGGAGACUGGAAAGACAGCCCCAGAUUCCUGCAGAAAAUAUCUGACACCAAGCUACGUGCCUGGGCAGGGCAGCUGCACCGGCUCUGGAAGAAGCUGGGAAAGAAGAUGAAGCCAGAGGUUCUCAGCCACCCUGAGCGGUUCUCUCUGAUCUACUCGGCACACCCUUUCAUUGUACCUGGCGGGCGCUUUGUCGAGUUCUACUACUGGGAUUCUUACUGGGUGAUGGAGGGUCUCCUCCUCUCUGAGAUGGCUGAGAUGGUGAAGGGCAUGCUGCAGAACUUCCUGGACCUGGUGAAAACCUAUGGGCAUGUCCCCAAUGGGGGGCGCGUGUACUACCUGCAGCGAAGCCAGCCUCCACUCCUGACUCUCAUGAUGGAUCUCUACGUGACUCACACCAACGACACCACCUUCUUACAGGAGAACAUUGAGACCCUAGCCUUGGAAUUGGAUUUCUGGACUCAGAACAGGAGUGUCUCUGUGAGAUUGGAGGGGGAGAGCUAUGUCCUGAAUCGCUAUUACGUCCCUUAUGGGGGACCCAGGCCAGAGUCCUACAGCAAAGAUUCAGAGUUGGCAGACGCCUUGCCAGAAGGGGAGCGGGAAGCUCUGUGGGCUGAGCUCAAGGCUGGGGCCGAGUCUGGCUGGGACUUCUCUUCACGCUGGCUCGUUGGAGGCCCAAACCCCGACUUGCUCAGUAGCAUCCGUACCAGCAAACUGGUUCCUGUUGACUUGAAUGCUUUCCUGUGCCAAGCAGAGGAUCUGAUGAGCAAGUUCUACUCCAGACUGGGCAAUGAGUCCCAGGCCACGAAGUACAGAACCUCGCGGGCACAGCGCUUGGCUGCCCUGAAUGCCGUCCUGUGGGAUGAGGAGAAAGGUGCCUGGUUCGACUUUGACCUUGAGAACAGCAAGAAAAACCGAGAAUUUUACCCAUCUAACCUCACUCCUCUCUGGGCCGGCUGCUUCUCUGACCCUGUUGUCACGGACAAGGCUCUGAAAUACCUGGAGGACAGCCAGAUCCUGACCUACCAGUAUGGGAUCCCGACCUCUCUCCGGGAGACAGGUCAGCAGUGGGACUUCCCCAAUGCCUGGGCUCCCCUGCAGGACUUCGUCAUCAGAGGCCUGGCCAAGUCGCCUUCACCUCGGACCCAGGAAGUGGCUUUCCAGCUGGCCCAGAAUUGGAUCCGAACCAACUUUGAUGUCUACUCCCAGAAGUCAGCCAUGUAUGAGAAGUAUGACAUCAGCAACGGUGGACAGCCAGGUUGUGGAGGGGAGUAUGAAGUUCAGGAGGGAUUUGGCUGGACCAAUGGAGUGGCCCUGAUGCUCCUGGACCGCUAUGGUGACCGGCUGAGCUCAGGGACCCAGCUGGCCUUCCUGGAGCCCCACUGCCUGGCAGCUGCCCUUCUGCCCAACUUCCUCCUGCUCAGCCUCCUGCCACAGUGACAGCCUCACUGGUCGUCUGCCUUCACUUCCUCAUCUGGCUCCAGCUCCUGCCUCAUUAAACCUCUGCCCCAG